AAAAAAACCAAGAACUGGACCGAGUCACAGAUUAGAAACCUUAAAACUUCCUGUCCCGCCUCCGCCAUGAGCGACACCUUGGAGUCGGCGGCCGGCUCUCUGGGUCUGCUCAGCAGCUCCUGCCUCACCAAGGUGGAGCUGCGCCUCACCUGUAAGGGCGUCUCGGACCGGGACGCGCUGUCCAGGCCCGACCCCUGCGUCGUCCUCAACAUGCAGUCCCAUGGCCGGUGGAUGGAGGUGGACCGGACGGAGGUGAUCCGCAGCUGCGUCAACCCCACCUACUCCAAGGUCUUCACCUUGGACUUUUAUUUUGAAGAGGUGCAGCGGCUGCGCUUCGAGCUGUUCGACAUCAACAACCACAACGGGCCGAAGGAGGCCGACUUCCUGGGCUCAUUGGAGUGUACGCUGGGACAGGUGAGUCCAGCUGGGACAGGUGAGACAAAUUAUUAGUUAUUUUUUGCCUGUAACUUUGCCAACAGCGCCCCCUGUCAUCCAGCAGCGGUUCAUCAUUGAUCUGCCAUUAAAUAAAAACUCAACCAGAUGUUAAAGACACAUCUUUGAUUUGGAAAAUAUUCGACUCUUGAAGUUUCAUUUUCCACCAGGAUGAUUUCAUUUCCUGCAGAGACCAGAGAAAACAGGAGCGGGAAGCCUGGAGACGUGUGUGUGUAUGUGUGUGUGUGUGCGCGCAUGUGUGUGUGAAGAUCGUUUUCUCUUCAAUAGCAUUUACAACCAGGGAAAAAAAAUCUAGUGAGUGAAAAAUUGAGUACUACUAAAGAAACAUGUCGUUUCCAUGGUGACAGUCGGCCGGUCCAGAACCAGAACCAGACAGGGUUUUGGUGUUGAUGUUUCUAAGGGUUAAAGUGUUGGCAGCAACCAUAGCAACCACAGCAAUGCUUUCUGAAAGGGCCACAGACUCCAGAAGGCGUCGAGGAAGUGGAGUGGGCGGAGCCAAGAGGGGCGUGGCCAGGCGUGGAGUAAUGAGGCGGUUCUGUGGACGGCAGUAGAACUGUUAGCAGGAUGGAGUUAGA